AUGGCUACUGUAUCUUAUAAUCAUGCAACUAAUUUCGGAGAGAAAAUCUACAAAUGCUUUGUUAAUUUUCUACAUCAAGAUCAGUUUAAUUUAAAAAUGACUAAAAAUAAAAAUGAAAAUAAAACGAAAUCAAAGACUAAACGAGUCCAGACAGAGAAUAAUGCAAAUAUUAAAGAAAUUAAAAAGAUUGCGGCUCAACCAGACUCACUUGUAGAGGAAGAUCAGAGCUUUGGUUGUUGGCUCAGGUCACCAGAUGGUCUGGAAAAUAUGAAGUUUUUCGUAAUUGCAAACAGCAUCGUAUUACUAACAACAUUAAUGUACCCUCAUAUUCAACUGAUUGUGGAUACCGUAUAUGAAUAUUUUUAUAAAACUGAUAGUGUAUAUUAA